CGACAUUGCCUGAUUUGGACACUUCUACGACUCUGCUCCCGGCGCAGCAGCAAUAAAGGCAUUCUCUUUAAGGCGAGGGAUACGACUCCCGAAAUCUUAAUUCCCAUACUGACGUCCUUCAUUUGGAAGCUCUGAAACGAAACCCUCCAUCUCAGCAGGCAAGCCAUGGACCCGGUCGUGUUGAGGCUUCCCCGCAUCGACCACCCGCAGGACGAACCUCCAUUUGUGCUCGUGCACGUUACCUCCGCCGGCCGCCGCCUCCUCGAUGUGGAUCUGAUUGGAACAGACAAUGGUUAUGGCUUCUCCGUCUCAUUACGACAUCAACCUUCUUUACUAGGGAAGAAAAAUUCUUCAGCAGUUAAUCAGGAAGAUUGGGAGGCGAUAUUAACCUUCAUCUUACUUGGGAUAGCUCCAGGACCAGACCGUACUGCCGUAACGGAGGACCUUGAGGCUAUUGCAAAUGUUAAUGGCAACCUUAUAAUUACUAUACAGAAGCGAGUGGAAGGAAUCACGCAAAAACUGGGAACAAUUACCCUUGCUAAAGAUGCGGACGCAUUAGAGAAGAUCGAUCUAUUCGAAUGGUGUGGCCUCUCUGUCACUUCCAGAAAUACGACCACGAAAGAGCUCGAGUCCCAACAGAAGGCUCUUCGAGAGGAAAAUAAGCAAGUAAAGAAUCUUGAAGAUACUCUUGCUAAGCUUAAGAAGCUAAAAAUGGAUUACGAAAAUGAUCUACUAGAGAAGUUUUCCCUUCUUUUAAACGAAAAGAAGCUAAAGAUUCGGGACCAACAACGACUCUUGGCGAGCUCAAAUGUGGAUCCAGCUCGGCUUGCAGUGGUAGAAGAGAAUCGGAGCGAGAGGCACCACUCUGCGGGCCCUUCAAGAAGGGGGAAACGAAAGGCUGGAAUACGAGUAGAGAGCGAGGAUGACGAAUCAGACGGCUUCCAGAAUAUGGAUAUCGAUAAAGCUCCCAACGAGUCCGAGAAAGACCAACCACAGACACCCCCUCAGGAUGAAUCAACAGCAGAUGAAUCGUCAGAGGAUGAAGCAUCAGUACCGCCACCCACUCGAAAGAACCUCCGAGAAAGCCCUGCCGAAGCAUUAUCGUCAGCAGUAGCACCGACUUUAUCUAGGGAAGCUAUUGUACCUCCGAGACGAGAGUUACCAGUAUUUCAGAAAAAGCCAGCUGCAAAACUAGCUCCUGUCGUUGAUGGCUCGGAAACGGAAUCCGAUGAUGAGUUAUGAUAGUUUAUGCCCUAUGACAGCAACGAGAUCGACGGCGUUCAUGACCAAAC